GGAGUUUAGAUAAUCAAUGAUUAAUUUGAUAAAGUCUUGAGAUGAAUUAUAGUCAUAAUAGAAGUCGGUCCGAACACCAAUAAGUAAUGAAAGGUAUCGCUACUACGCUUUCCUCAAUCAAGUAAUCGGAUAUACAUCCAAUUUAAUUAAAUUAUCAUAUUACUUUUGAGUUACCUUCGAUUACCGUUACGCCGCACAUUAACUCACGUAUUAGAUAGUCAUUCAAUUGGUUUACCGAACUCAGUCAUAUAUUUUUGCAACUGCACUUUUAUAACUUCUGUUGACCUUAAGUUAUAUAUAUAGGGUAUGAUCUUCUUGUGUCUUAACUCAUUUGUUGGAAUUUUAAUUCAAGAUAAAUACAGACAACUUCAAGUUCCAUUAGCUUAUUCAAUGAAAUAUUACUCAGUCUUUACUUUAUUGUGCUACUUUUUAUACAUCAAUUUUACAUCAUCACUUGUUAUUUCAACUGAAUUAGAAGGUCACCCAAACGAUUUUGUUCAAGGUUAUAACAUCGAGAAUUUAACUCUUAUGGAAGAAAAAGGUAUUGUUCAAACCAAAAAGAGAGAAGAUGAAGAACGAGUCUCAGAAUUAGCCCCCCGACGAUUUGGUUUCCGUGGAUUUCGCUCUGGUGGUUCAAGUUGGAGAUCAAGCGGUUCAGGAUUAGGUUCAAGUUGGAGAACAAGCGGCUCAGGCUUAGGUUCAAGUGGAUUUAGUACCAAAGGUAGUUCAAGCGGAUUAAAAUCUGGUUCAACAUCAGGUACUAAGACUGGUAGUUCACCACCAGCAUAUUCUCCAAAAGAUCCUCACCCAGCACCAGCCUAUUCUCCAUCCUCAGGUGCAAAUUCUGGCACAAGAGGUUCAACCUCUGGUUCAAGUUCAGGCUUAGGUUCUGGUACUAGAGGGUCUAGUUCUGGUUCUGCUGGAUCAGCAAUAGGUGGAGCAGUUGUAGGUGGAGUGGUAGGUGGAGCUAUUGGAUCUGGGUUAGCAUACGGAGGCAAUACCCAUCAUGCAGACAAUACCCGCCACACAGGUAAUACCAACCACACAAUGCUGAAUUCAACUUCAAAAAAUGGUGCUACAGGCUUAACAGAGGUUGACCCUGCUGUUGCUAUUGUUUCUGCUAUCCUUUUUAUGACCCUUUUUUAAAAAGCUGAUGUUUGUUAUUUUUUUAUGUAAUUUUUUUCUAUGUUUAGUUAACUUCUACUGUGUUUUUGUAAUAUAAG